UGGACCAGCUCUCCCGGUGCCUGACCGCAGCCCCCCCACUCCUGCCAGCCAAGUCACAGCCUCCAUCCAGGGCACCUUCAGGCAGGCAAGCAGGUAGUGAGUCCUGAUCUUGGACAUCUGAGACCAGAACGUGGGCUUCUGGGCAGAGAUGGCCCUGCAGAGCCAGGUGUGGUCUCCGGCCACACCCAUACCCAUGGCCGAGAGCUCCCUCUACCGGCAGCGACUAGAGGUCAUCGCGGAGAAGCGGCGGCUGCAGGAAGAGAUCCGUGCGGCGCGCGGGGAGCUGGAGGAGGAGAAACUCCGCGUGGAGCGGCUCAAGAGGAAGUCUCUUCGGGAGCGGUGGCUAAUGGACGGGGCCGAGGGACCCGAGGGACCGGAGGAAGCCACCUUGCAGGACCCCCAGACCCCCGAGGGCCAAGCGCAGGACCGCAUCCGGAACCUGGAAGACAGCUUGUUCACACUCCAAUCUCAGCUGCAGCUGUUGCAAAGUGCGUCCACAGGUGCCCAGCACAAGCCCUCUGGCAGGCCCAUCUGGCGCCGACAGGGUCCUCGUCCACUCUCCCAGCCCACUGUGGAGGCAGGUACUGAAGGUCAGACUGAUCUGAACAAGAGAGCCUCUUUGCCAGCAGAACCAGUGGGCACAUCCUUGGAGUCCCUGGCUGAGCCCAGAGAUGAGGCUGUUGGGGUUCUGCCAGCCCUGAGGCAGGUCCCUGGAGCAGCAGGGGACUCCUCAGAAGCCAAUGGCCCCUGCCCCAGACCCAGCCCCCCUCUGGAGCAGGAGCACAAUCAGGGGGUGACAGCAGUGUAUGGGGGCGUGGGUGAGGCCAAAGGAGGGGGUGUGGUACAGGUGGUAUGGGAAGGGCUGAGGGCUACAGAGGACUGUGCCAGGGGGGCCACGGGCCCAGAGCUGGAGGCUAAGGUAGAGGAGAUGGUGCUGGAGGCCAUUGGGGACAGGCUGGAAGCCAGCCGUCCCGAGCUCCCGUCCUGGGUGAAGGAGGACAGGGGUGUCAUGGAGGUGGUCUGGGAAGGGGUGGGAGGCACAGAGGCCAGCGACUCAGAGGCGUCAGGGGAGGCCGGCAGGGGCCCACAGACGGCGCAGACCAGCUCCCCGAGGCUCCAGGAGGGACUAGAGGGAGCAGCGUCUGGAAAAGGGGAAGGGCCCCCCAGGGGCAGCCCUGAUGGCUUCAGGCAGCGGGGCUCUGGGGGAGAGGAGGGAUCCUUUAUUUGGGUGGAGAGAGUGACCCUCAGCGAGGACUGGGAGGAACUGCUGGUCGAAGGGUUGGAAGGGCCGAGGGCACUAGGGAAGGAGGGAGGAGAGGAGAGUCCUCUGGGGGUGGGGAGGUUGGGAGGCGAGGAAACCUGGGACAUGGAGAGGAGACAGGCAGAGGAGUCACUGGGCACAUGGAAGCAAGGAAGUGAGGAAAAGGCAGAGGAAAAGGCAGGGGCAGAGUGGGAAGGAAUAGAGGUGUCGCUGGUGGCGGAGAAGAAAGGAAGGGAGGAGCCCUUGAAGCCAGAGAGGAGAGGAGGGGAGGGGAAGGCGGAGACAGAGAGGGAAGGCAGUGAGGAAGCACUGUCAGCAGAAAGUGAGGAAACGAAGGAACCUUUGAGGGCAGAGAGGGAAAGAGGUGAGGAGCCAUUGGGAACAGAACAGCGUGGAGGUGAGGAAAAGCUGGAGGCAGAGAAGGAAGUUGAGGAACCACUGGGAGUAGAAAGCAAGGCAGUUGAGGGGCCACUGAGGCCUGAGAAGGAACGAGGUGAGGAGACGCUCGGGGCGGAGGAGAAGGGCGUUGAGGAAGCACAGGUUGCAGAGAAGAAGGGAGAGGAAGGAAAGCUAGAGGCGACUGAAGAACCAUUGACGACAGAGAGGACGGAGGGUGAGGGAUCACUCACAGUAGAGAGAACAGCAGGUGAGGAGCCUUUGGAGGCAGAGAGAACAGCAGGUGAGGAGUCACUGGAGGCAGAUAGAACAGCAGGUGAGGAGCCACUGGAGGCAGAGAAGAGCCAAGAGGUCAAGGAAGAUGUGAGUCCAGAAGAGCAGAGAAAGCCUGGAAUUGGAGAAGACUGUCAGGCAGAGGAGGUGAGUGAGGCAGGGGCUGCCCUGGGGGCCAAGGAAGAGCUAAGGCUGGAGGAGGAAGGACCACAGCAGUCCCAGGAGAAGCAGGAAGGCCCGCUGGAGGAGGAAGCAGUGAAGCCUCAAACCCCUGCUGAGGGCCAGGACCCCUCAGGGGAUGCCACACCCCUCCUGGCAGAGACCCCAGCUCCUGAGCAGCCCACCGAGUGCCAGCCACUGCUUCCGGUGGAGGAGCCGAAGGCCAACCCCAGUGCCCACCCCGUGCCCACCUAUGCACCUGCCCAGCAGCCCGAGCCCUCUGCUCCGCCUGAGGGUGAAGAGGCAAGUGGCCCUAAGCAAAAGACGUGCCAGUGUUGUGCGGUGAUGUGAGUCCAUGCCCUCCACCCCUCGCCUCGCUCUUCUCACAGCUACCUCGGCCUCUUGGCAUCCAGCAGAGGGUUCCCAGGCACAGACAGGGCAUAUGGGACUGGCCAUGGCAUCUGGGAGCCUGCUGGCCCACACCUCCACCGCCACCUGGGCUUCUGGACCCCUUGCCCACUGCCUGUGACCCUGGCUCCCUUCUCCAGCUAAACCUUUAUACUUGAAAAUAAAAUAUUAAAGCAUU